AUGGCAAGUUUGAACUGGAGUUAUCAAGGCAACAAUGGACCUGACCACUGGCACAAGUUAUACCCUAUUGCCAAUGGAGACCGUCAAUCUCUUAUUGAUAUUAAACCCAAGGAAGUCAAAAAAGAUGCAUCUCUGGGGCUUCUCCAGAUCACUUGUAAACCUUCCACGUGCAAAGAGAUCGUCAAUGUUGGACAUUCAUUCCACGUGAAUUUUGAGGAUAAGGACAAUCAAUCAGUGCUGACUGGUGGACCUCUCACCGGAACAUAUAGAUUGCGGCAGUUUCAUUUCCAUUGGGGCCAAACGGAUAAGCAAGGCUCAGAGCACUUAGUGGAUGGAAAGAAAUAUGCCUCAGAGCUUCAUCUCAUUCACUGGAACGCGGACAAGUAUUCGAAUGUAGCUGAGGCUUUCGACAAGCCGCAUGGCUUGGCAAUUGUCACUGUUUUCCUGAAGCUUGGCUUAUGCAAUGAGAACCUGAAGCGUGUCUUGAAGGCCUUGGAUUCAGUAAAAACUAAGGGUAAGCAAGCUCCCUUUUCUGAUUUUGAUCCUUCAAGCCUACUGCCUAAAUCCAUGGAUUACUGGACGUACAAUGGCUCUCUGACUCAUCAUCCCCUCCAUGAGAGUGUCAUCUGGAUUAUCCUUAAAGAGCCAAUUACCAGCUCAGAGCAGCUGGCUCAGUUCCGCACAAUCCUGUCUUCUGCUGAAGGGGAAGCACCUUGUCCCAUACUGAGCAAUCACCGGCAACCCCAACCGCUGAAAGGCAGAGGGGUGAGAGGCUAAUUCCAGACAACCAAAGCAAACCUGGAGCACGGUCUGCUCAUCAAGAGCAACACAUCCAAACAAAGACUAUGGAAAAAUCUACCAAAGAAAUGAGAAUGUGCAUGUGUUCUUAGCUGCAAUAUUCCUGUCCUGCCAGAAGCUGUUGUAAUUCACUGUGGCAUUUGGCUAGUGCUUUUACUGGAAUUAAUCUAUAUUCUUUUUGUGGUAGGCAGCUAAUCUGUUUUAAUGCAUGACUUCUAACAGUGAAAUGUACUUUAAAAUUUUUAAUGAAUCUUCACAUUCCUUCUGAUGUACUAAGUAAACCGUGGUGAUAAGAAGCAAAGUAAUUGUUCAGAGCAAAAUUAAUCAGUACACAGCUUCCCACAAGGAGAGUUUAUGCAACUGUAUGAGAUGUCUGGUGGUUUUUGCAAUGAAAUUGCUACUGUUUGUGGCAAUUACUAAUGGGUUAUUGUUGAUUUGGCUAAUAAAAAUGGUUUCUUUUUCUAGUUUAGCUGAUAUAUGCCUGGUUAAAAAUAAAUUAAUAAAGAAAGCGCUUUGAAAUGAAACAGCAUCGUAACAGUGCUAUGCUAUCAGUGUUUUAAAAGAAAUUGUGUGAUAAUUGCUGUUUUAUUUCACCUGCAG